UUUUUGAGAAAGUCAGUUUUAGUUUACCCUAUUGAGCAUAAAAAUUGCAAAUUUUGUGAGCCUACGACCAACCUGAUUCUCUACAAGCAGCCAUUUAGGAAUCGAUUUUCUACGUUCUGUGUCAUCAUUCUGUGAAAAUGUGACAAUAAAAACCAUUUUUAUGUCAGCGUGUGCAUAGAAAUUGAUCAACAAAAACAUGGUUACUUCGGACACCAAGAACAAAACUGUUGAGGAUGGUGUCAGUCACAGUGAAACGAAAGGACUGGCUCCAAUUCACUACGUCCACGAGCUACCGCAGAAAGAUGAAGAACGACUCGAAAAAUUGUUCAAGACAUUGGAUCGCGAUGGCAAUGGUAGAAUUGAUAUUGCUGAUUUGUCAGCAGCUUUGAAAGACGUGGGUUUAUCGCAUAAAUAUGCUGAGACAUUUCUCCGGCAAUCGGACCAAACUGCAAGCGGUGAUGUUGGUCUUGCCGAAUUUGUUUACUACGUCCGUGAACAUGAGAAAAAUCUGAAACUACAAUUUUCUCAUUUGGAUAAAAAUCAAGAUGGAAAAGUUGAUUUGGAAGAGUUGAUAUCGGCCUUCAAAGAUUUGGGGAUCGAAAUGGAUAAAACGGAAGCUAAGCGACUGUUGCUUAGAAUGGAUCAAGACGGCAGUCUCAAUAUCAGUUAUGAUGAAUGGCGUGAUUUUCUGCUACUCGCUCCAUCAACUGACAUUCAUGGCCUAAUUAAAUUUUGGCGGCAUUCUACUAUCUUUCGAAGUGGCCUUGGUGUACUCUUAAAUCCGAGUACAAAGAGAUUCAUACGAAGCGAUAUCGCAACUAAUGACUUCGUGCCGCUAGUUAAUUAUCUAAUUUUAUAUGAAAUCAAUAAAAAGUACCUCGACAUUGGAGAGGACAUGAAUAUACCCGAUGAUUUCACGCCGAACGAAAUGCAAACGGGCAAAUGGUGGAGACAUUUGGCAGCUGGUGGAAUUGCUGGUGCAGUUUCACGAACGUGUACAGCUCCUUUAGAUAGACUGAAAGUAUUCCUACAAGUGCAAACAACAAAAGCUAGAAUCUCAGACAGUUUUAUUUAUAUGCUAAAGGAGGGCGGCGUGCGAAGUUUUUGGCGAGGCAACGGUAUUAAUGUCCUUAAAAUAGCACCGGAAACGGCUAUCAAAUUUGCUGCUUAUGAACAAGUGAAACGAUUGAUUAGACAAAAUGAAUCGCGACAGAUGACAAUCUACGAACGAUUCGUGGCAGGAGCGUGUGCUGGCGGCUUCAGUCAGACCGUUAUUUAUCCAUUCGAAGUAUUAAAAACACGAUUAGCAUUAAGAAAGACAGGCCAAUAUAAGGGCAUUGCGGAUGCAACAGCGAAAAUCUAUCACGCUGAAGGGAUUAGAAGCUUUUAUCGCGGUUACAUUCCAAAUCUGUUGGGUAUCAUCCCGUAUGCUGGUAUUGAUUUGGCUGUUUAUGAAACAUUGAAGAAGAAAUACUUGAAUCACCAUCAAACGGAACAGCCCAGCUUCUGGCUACUUCUGGGUUGCGGUAGCGUAUCAAGUACAUUAGGACAAGUAUGCUCGUAUCCACUGGCGCUGGUGCGGACACGUUUACAAGCACAAGUAAUAACUGCAGAGACUGCCAUUAAAUCACAGCAUACAAUGGUCGGUACAUUCCGUCGCAUAAUUGCAACCGAAGGUGUCAGCGGUUUAUAUCGAGGCAUCACGCCGAAUUUCAUCAAAGUAUUGCCGGCUGUAUCAAUUAGCUACGUCGUCUAUGAGUAUACAAGCCGAGCGCUUGGCGUCAAUAUGACAUGAUGCAGUUGCUCUCUAGGCAUAUGUUUAAUUUUUUGUUAAAUUGAAAGGAAAGAAAAUUUUUUAAAUUAAUUUCAUUGUGCUAGGGUACAUGCAUAUGAUAAUGAAAACUGAUAUUUAUUUUAAAAGCAGAAAACAACAAGAGGAUUCGAAAAGCAAAGCAAAAAAAAAUUAUUUAAAUUUCUUUUCACUUUUGUUUCGUAUAUCGAUAACUUUUUGCAGACCUUAUUUUUUAAUUGUUGUUGAUUUGUCGAUCUUGAUAUAAUUAUAGCUAAUGUACUGUCGAAAAAUACUAUUCUAAAGAAAGGAAACAAUUUAGACAAAAGAACGAUAUGAAGAAAUGAUUUAAUUUAUAAAAAUUAUUAAUUUAUUUUUGUUUUAGUUGUUUACAAUACAUGAACGAUGAAUAAAUGGAGGAGUGAACACAGUUGUGAAAAGAAACAAAAAACAAAAAGAAAAUGAUGAAAAGAGGGAAUCCUAGAUCGAUAUAACAAA